AUGUUCAUCAGACAGUAUUUUUCCAGUAGUGGGGAAGGAGACGUGUCCACUAUCCACUACGCCAAUCAGCGUGCGAAGUUAUUGGGCGAUGGCGUCUACCGGUCGGGCCGCUCUGCUGGGAAGCUGCGCCUCUUAAUUGUAAACAAGAGCUUUUUCGAUUGGUGGGCGGCAGAGCGCGUGCGCCGGCCGACAUUGACGGGCGUCCAAAUGCGAAAGCCGCCAUCGAUCGUCCACUCGCUACGCCGCUGCAAUGUUACGUCCUCGGGCGGGGUGCGCGCGUGCGGCGUGCGGCGGGCGGGGCGCGGGGCGCGGGGCGUCCGGGCCGUGAGGGGAGCGGCGGGGGGCGGGCGGCAGGCGCGUGCGCGGGGCGCGUGGGGCGCGGGCGGCAGACGCGCCGCGAUGGUGGGCCGCGACAGCCGCACGGUGAGCGCGGCGCGCGACAUGGCGCCGCGGCAUGAG